AUGUUAGUUGUUGAUUUAUCUCAAUUUACUAUUAUUUCUCGUAUUACUGUCGCUGGGCAAUGUUGUGAUGGUACAGUUUAUUCCGGAAGUUGUGCAUCGAUAUCAUCCUGUAAUUUAUAUACUGUCAUUUGUUUAGAUUUUGUCUAUAGUGGAUUAGUAACCAAUUGGACUUAUUGUCCAUUAGGUUCGAAAUCAUUUCAAACAAUAAUUAAUAAUACCGGUUCUGUAAAUUAUCAUUUAAUACCAGAAAUAGCUCCACUUUUACCUCUUCAAUUUCCAUUAAUAUUAACACCUGAUAAUUCUAUCAAUAUUAAGAUUUUUAUCUUUUAUGAUUAUAUAAGAAUCGGACCUUUAUCAAUAGUCAAUCAAAAUACAUUAUUAAGUCGUUUUAGUACUGUAUUUCGAACUGAUGCAUCAUAUCCAUCAGUAACAGCUGGAGUAUUGCAAAGUCAAACAGUUUAUGAUGAAACAAGAAAUGGAACAGACAAGAAUAGUUUGGCUAUUGGCAUGAAGACUUAUUGUCAAGCAACAUAUUAUGGAAAUCUAUGUUCUGUUCGAUGUAUUCCAAAUGAUGAUUGUACAAGUUCAUAUACAUGUGAUCCAACAGCAGGUACUAAAGUUUGUUCAUCAGGAUGGUAUGGCACUGAUUGUGCACUUCGAGAUUCAGCAUAUAUUCAACCAGUUUGUGCAGCUAGUGCAUUGUCCUGUAGUAAUGGUGGAUUUUGUCGAGCAUUUAAUAAUACUAAUCAACCGACAUGUUGUUGUCCACUUGGUUUUACUGGUUUGAAUUGUCAAUAUUUGUCAACAUGUACUAUAAAUGUAAAUUGCUUUAAUGGUGGUGUAUGUACUUCAGCAUAUGAUCCAUCUUUACGUUCAUCUUAUUUUGUAUGUACAUGUGCAUCUGGAUAUACAGGAUUAUAUUGUCAACAACAACAACAACAAUGUCCACCAACAUACUAUGGUCUUAAUUGUAAUACAUUAUGUAUUGCACCAAAUUCAUGUAGUGAAGGUCAUUUUUAUUGUAAUACAAAUGGUGUAAAAACAUGUUUAGCUGGUUGGUAUCCAGCAAAUACUUGUCUAAUGAAAAAUAUUUCAUCAUUUCUUGAUCCGGAAUGUCCUGUAUUAACAGGUUGUCUUAAUGGUGGUUCUUGUUUUAAUGGUUCAUGUUGUUGUCCAUCUGGUUUUACUGGUCGUUUAUGUGAAACAUCUAUAAAUCCAUGUGCAAAUAAUCCUUGUCUAAAUAAUGGUCUAUGUUCAGUAACAACGACAGGAUAUCGUUGUCAAUGUUCAACUUCUUAUACGGGGUCACGAUGUGAAGUACCACUUAAUCCUUGUGAUUAUGCUCCUUGUCGAAAUGGUGGUCAAUGCCUUGUAUUAGCAAAUUUUUCAUUUUAUUGUCAAUGUCCUACAGGUUGGACAGGCCAAUUGUGUGAUAGUCAAAAUGAUUAUUGUCGUUCUCAACCAUGUGCAAAUAAUGGUGUUUGUGUAAACACAGCUACAGGUUUCUCGUGUGUUUGUUCACCUAUUUACACAGGUCCAACUUGUUCAAUUCUUCUUAAUCCAUGUCUUUCACAACCUUGUAUUGCAAAUCAUACACUAAAUUGUAUUAAUAAUAAUAAUCUAACAUAUACCUGUAUUUGUCAAUCAGGUUAUACAGGUUUAACUUGUGCACAAUCAACAGGUUCUUGUUCAUUGGUAACAACACCAUGUAAAAAUGGUGGUACAUGUAUUAAUACAAUAAAUGGUUAUAUUUGUCAAUGUGAUCCAUUAUUUCAAGGAAGUGAUUGCAGUAUUCCAAAUGAUCCAUGUUCAAGUAAUCCAUGUAUUGCAUCGGGUGCUAUAUCAUGUCAAUUGGUCAUAGGUACGACAGGUUAUGCUUAUAGUUGUACAUGUCAAUUAGGUCAUACAGGACAACAUUGUGAAACAGUAUUAAAUGCAUGUGAUAGUAGACCAUGCUCAUUUGGAACAUGUCUUCCAGUAGACAAUAUGUUCAAAUGUGUAUGUGAACCUGGUUGGACUGGACUUCAAUGUAAAGAUGGUAUUAAUGAAUGUUUAUCAAAUCCAUGUUUAAAUGCAGGUAUAUGUGUUGAUGGUAUUAAUGAAUAUCGAUGUGUAUGUUUAACUGGUUACACGGGUCCUAAUUGUGAAUUAUCAGUAAAUGGAUGUUCAAAUUUUUCUUGUCAACACAAUGGUACAUGUAUAAAUAAUGUUGUAUCUUUGGCAUGUUUAUGUCCUAGUGGUUGGACAGGAACAAAUUGUGAAACAGAUAUCAAUGAAUGUACAACACCAUUAAUCUGUCAUCCAAAUGCUACAUGUAUAAAUACAAAUGGUUCAUAUAUAUGUGCUUGUCCACCAUGGCUAACUGGUGUUAAUUGUUAUACACCUAUUGAUUUAUGUACUACUUUACCAUGUAGAAAUAAUGGUGUUUGUGUUUAUAAUUAUGGUACGACACCAACAUGUCGUUGUCAAUCUGGUUUUACAGGUCUUUAUUGUGAAACUAAUAUUGAUGAUUGUACACCAGCUCCUUGUUUUAAUAAUGGAACAUGUAUUGAUCAAAUCAAUAGUUUUCUAUGUUUAUGUCCAUCUGGAUACACAGGUUUACGAUGUGAAACAGUUAUUAGUCAAUGUCUUAGUUUACCUUGUUUAAAUGGUGGUACAUGUCGAGAUUCAUAUACUGCUACUGGUACAACAUAUAUUUGUCUUUGUUCACCUUUAUAUACUGGCCAACGAUGUGAACAAGUUAAUAAUGCAUGUGCAAGUUCUCCAUGUCUUCAUGGUACUUGUAUUUCAAAUUCAAGCAUAGUUCCAUCAUAUACAUGUCUAUGUGUCAGUGGUUACACAGGUCAAAGAUGUGAAGCACCUAUCGAUCAAUGUUCAUCAGCACCAUGUGGUCCAUAUGGAACAUGUACUAGUUUAUCAACAAGUUACACUUGUUGUUGUGCAGCAGGUUAUACAGGUUCAAUAUGUACACAAAUAAUUAAUUUUUGUUUAACAAAUCCAUGCUCAACUGAAGGUACACAAGAUUGUAUAUCAACAAUAGCAGGUACAUUUACUUGUUUAUGUAAAUCAGGAUAUACGGGUCGUUAUUGUGAAGCUAAUAUCAAUGAAUGUUUAUCACAACCAUGUUUAAAUGGUGGAAUUUGUGUAGAUUUAAUAAACAGUUAUCAAUGUAUAUGUCCAGCUGUUUAUAGUGGAUCCAAUUGUGGACGUUUAUUAGAUCAAUGUGUUGGUAUUGAAUGUCUUAAUGGUGGAAAAUGUUCAAGAAAUGGAACAACAUUGAUUUGUUUAUGUCCUCAAGGAUAUCAUGGUGCUAAUUGUGAAUUGAUUAUUGAUUAUUGUCAAUCACAACCAUGUCAAAAUGGGGGAAGAUGUUCAAAUACAGAUUUAGGUCCACAAUGUGUUUGUCCAAAUGGAAUCAGUGGAUUAUUUUGUGAAACAAUAAUUGAUCAAUGUCAAUCACAUCCUUGUCAAAAUAAUGGAACAUGUAAAUCACUUAUUAAUCAAUAUGUAUGUCUUUGUUCAAAUGGUUUUAUGGGUACACAAUGUGAAAAAGAACGUAAUGAAUGUGAACCAGUUAAUCCAUGUUUAAAUUCUGGACGAUGUAUUGAUCAAUUUAAUAAUUUUUCAUGUGUUUGUAAUCCAGGUUUUACGGGUUUCUAUUGUGAAAUUCAAAUUGAUGAUUGUCAAUCGAGUCCAUGUUUGAAUGGUGGUGUAUGUCGAACAUUAAUUAAUAGUUAUAAAUGUGAUUGUCCACUUGGAUAUAAUGGAACAAGAUGUUCAACAUUAAUAAAUUAUUGUUUAAGUAAUCCAUGUUUAAAUAAUGGCUUAUGUAUACCAGUUUUAAAUGGUUAUCGAUGUGUUUGUCUUGAUGAUUAUAUUGGUUUAAAUUGUGAAAAUAAAUCAAAUGAAUGUUUAUCAAAUCCAUGUUUAAAUAAUGGAACAUGUAUAGAUCAAAUUUGGAAUUAUACAUGUCAAUGUUUACCUGGUUAUCAAGGAUCAAAUUGUCAUUUAUUAAUGGAUUAUUGUUUAAGUUCACCUUGUAUAAAUGGUAUUUGUAGAAAUAAAAUUAAUGGUUAUGAUUGUAUAUGUCCAUCAUCAUCCUAUACGGGUAUUCAUUGUGAAAUACAAAUAAAUAAAUGUGCAUCAAAUCCUUGUAUGUCAAAUGCAACAUGUAUUGAUGGAAUCAAUCGUUUUAUAUGUUUAUGUCCACCAUGGUAUUCUGGAUUAGAUUGUUCACAAAAAAUAAAUCCAUGUUUAAGUCAAACAACAUGUGCAAAUAAUGCAACAUGUAUAGUUAAUUAUGAUAUUAAACCUUAUGGUCAUACAUGUCAAUGUUUACCUGGUUUCACAGGUGAUAUGUGUGAGAUUGAUAUUGAUGAUUGUGCAACACAACCAUGUCGACGUGGACAAUGUAUUGAUAGAGUUAAUGGAUUUAUUUGUACUUGUUAUUCAGGAAGUGAUGGAGUUUUAUGUAAUAAUGAUGUUAAUUUUUGUGCAAGUAAUCCAUGUGUGAACAAUGCUACAUGUACAUCAUUAGUUAAUGGAUAUCAAUGUUUAUGUACAAGUGGUUUUCAGGGAACAAAUUGUGAAUUAAAUAUAACUCAACCAUGUUUAAGUAGUCCUUGUUCUCAUAAUGGUACAUGUACAAUUGUAUCAAGUAUUGGUUUCCAAUGUUCUUGUCCAUACGGUUAUGCAGGUCCACAAUGUGAAUUAACGAUUAAUGCAUGUUCAUCAAAUCCAUGUCGUUUUGGUACAUGUCGAGAAGUUGCACCUGGUUAUUAUUAUUGUUUUUGUUCACCUGGUUACACAGGAUUAAAUUGUCAAACCGAUAUCAAUGAAUGUUCAAGUGUUCCUUGCUUAAAUAAUGCAACAUGUGUUGAUAUGAUUAAUGCAUUUAGUUGUACUUGUUUAAAUGGAUAUUCAGGAUCGCAAUGUCAAUAUGGUGGUUAUCAAUGUAGUUCAGGACCAUGUCUUAAUAAUGGUACAUGUAGUUUUACAGGUAUUAAUUAUCAAUGUACAUGUCCACCUGGUUUAACAGGAAAUCGUUGUGAAAUUGAUAUCAAUGAAUGUGCAUCAGCACCAUGUCAAAAUGCUGGUAUAUGUUUACAACCAAUACUAAAUAGUUAUCAAUGUCUUUGUCCUACAGGUUAUUCUGGAUCGAAUUGUGAAGUAAUACUUGAUCCAUGUUUAGCUAUGACUUGUUUUAAUAAUGGUUCAUGUAUACGAACAAGUUCAUCAGCAGGCACAUGUUCAUGUUCAUCUGGUUUUACAGGUCCUCUCUGUCAAAAUACUGUAAAUACUUGUUUUAGUUCACCAUGUCUAAAUGGAACAUGUAUACCAAUAAUUAAUUCAUAUCAAUGUUAUUGUUUUCCUGGUUACACUGGUGUACGAUGUGAUUCAUUAAUCAAUGCUUGUUCAUCAAAUCCAUGUUUCAAUAAUGGAACAUGUAUAAAUCAAAUAAGUUCAUAUGCAUGUCAAUGUCCAUAUGGUUUUCAAGGUUCAACAUGUACUGUACGUAUGCAAGCAUGUCAAUCAUCACCAUGUUUAAAUGGUGGUACAUGUAAUGAUCUUGGUCCUGGUCUACUUAAUUGUACAUGUCCAAUAUCAUAUCGUGGAAUAUUUUGUCAAUUAAGAGAUACAUUUUGUACACAAUUACCAUGUAAAAAUAAUGGUGUUUGUAUUGAAGCAUUAAAUGGUUAUCAAUGUAUAUGUCAACAAGGUUAUGAUGGUGUUAAUUGUACAAAUAUAAUUCAACCAUGUUUAUCAAAUCCAUGUUUAAAUAAUAGUACAUGUUUAAGUGUUAUGAAUGGACUUGGUUAUCAAUGUUCAUGUCGAAUUGGUUAUGCUGGUCUUCGUUGUGAAUCAGCUAUGAAUUGGUGUUCAUCAAAUCCAUGUUUAAAUCAAGGAACUUGUAUAUCACAAACAACAUCAUUUAUUUGUAUAUGUCCACCAACAUAUGCAGGUAUUAUAUGUCAAACAUUAAUAAGUAAUUGUUCAACAUUAACAUGUGGAACUGGUAUACCUAUAACAACAAGUGCAACAAAUUGUACUUGUCUUUGUUCAAGUGGUUUUACUGGACCUCUAUGUCAAACACCAAUUAAUUUAUGUUCAAUAAGAUUAGGCAAUAGUUCAUAUUGUAUUCGUGGUACAUGUAAUUAUCUUGGAGCUGGUUUAGCUUCAUGUACAUGUCCGACAGGUUACAGUGGAUUACGUUGUGAUACACGUAUAUCUAAUGGUGUAUGUGCAUCAUGCCCUUGUAUAUAUGGACAAUGUCGAUUACUAGACGAUACAAAUACUUAUGUAUGUGAUUGUAAUCCAGGUUAUAGUGGUUUACGUUGUGAAACAUCAAUCAAUUUAUGUUCACCAUCACCAUGUCUUUAUGGUCAAUGUAUAAUAGAUGGAAUCUAUGGUUAUCGUUGUAUAUGUUUACCUGGUGCAACUGGACUAAAUUGUUCAAUAUUAAUUAAUACAUGUACAUCAAAACCUUGUUUAAAUAAUGGAGUUUGUGUACAAGGACUUAAUACAUACCAAUGUGUUUGUCAAUCUGGUUAUGCUGGUGUGAAUUGUGAAAUAUUAAUUAAUCAAUGUACAUCAUUACUAUGUUUAAAUAAUGGUACAUGUAUUAGUCUUGGAACAACACCACCAAGUGCACAAUGUCAAUGUUUACCAUUAUUUACUGGUCUUCAAUGUCAAUAUCCAUAUGCACCAUGUGCAUCACAACCAUGUAAAAAUUUAGGUACAUGUGUAGCACAAAGUACAUCGUCAUAUAUAUGUUUAUGUCCAAGUGGAUUUUCAGGAUUGAAUUGUGAAAUAGGUCUUAGUGUAUGCUUAAGUCGACCAUGUUUAAAUGGUGGUACAUGUAUGGAACCAACAUCAAAUUAUUAUAUAUGUCAAUGUCCAUGGCCAUACUAUGGUGUUAAUUGUCAAUUAGCAUGUAAUCCUUGUGUAAGUUAUCCAUGUCGUGGACCAUUAUCACAAUGUGUAUCAGCAGCAAAUUCUACUAAUUAUACAUGUGUAUGUGCAGAUGGUUUUAGUGGUACAACAUGUGCAACAACAUAUGAUGCAUGUGUAUCCAAUCCAUGUAGGAAUGGUGGUACAUGUGUACGAACUGGUCCUACAACAUAUACAUGUGCUUGUCCGGCAGGUUUCAAUGGAAGUUAUUGUGAAACUCAAAUAAAUCCAUGUUCUUUUUAUCCAUGUGCAGCUGGUACAUCAUUAGUAACAUCACCAAUAACUUGUCAAUGUCAAUGUCCAUAUGCAUAUUCUGGUGCAUUAUGUCAAAUCAAUGCUUGUCAAACAAAUCCUUGUUUAAAUGGUAAUUGUAUUGCAAAUGGAAAUUAUUCAUAUACAUGUAAUUGUCCAGUUGGAUUUCAAUAUAUUAUGGGAGUAUGUGCGGAUAUAAAUGAAUGUACAACAAUUCCAGGUAUUUGUGCAAAUGGUGGUAGAUGUUUAAAUUCCUAUGGAUCAUAUUUAUGUUUUUGUAAUUCGGGUUUCUAUGGAACAAAUUGUGAAAUUUAUGAACCAUGUCGAUCAUCACCUUGUAUAAAUGGUGGUAGUUGUGUAACCAUAGGAAAUUAUCCAUUCUGGCAAUGUAUUUGUCCAAUAUCAUUUACAGGUUCUCGUUGUGAAAUAACAUCUGUUGGUUGUUCAGUAAAUCCUUGUCGAACAGGAACAUGUGUAAGUCUUGCAAAUGGUGGAUAUCAAUGUUUAUGUCCAUUAUCAAUGACUGGUCCUAAUUGUGAUAUACCAUUCUUACCAUGUUCUUCUAAUCCAUGUUUAAAUAAUUCAACAUGUUUAACAUUAUCUCUAACAAAUUAUACAUGUAUAUGUCCACCAUCAUAUACAGGUGUAAGAUGUGCACAACAAGUACUUUAUUGUCCAAAUAAUCCUUGUCAAGGCAAUGGAACAUGUAUUGUUAAUCAAUUGACUGGUCAACAAAUUUGCCAAUGUACAUCUGGACGUUAUGGUGUUUAUUGUGAAAUUAUUUCACCUUGUGGUUCAAAUCCAUGUGUACGAGGUACAUGUCAUAAUAUAAAUUCUAUUUUAUAUCAAUGUACAUGCGAACCUGGUUUUACUGGUACUUCAUGUGAAACACCAUAUGAUGUAUGUACAUCAAAUCCAUGUCUUAAUGGUGGA